GCAGCAGCUACUUGAAAUGACAGUCGGGGAGGGGAAACAGAGCAGACAAACUGUGAGCUGGGGAUCCAUCUUGCUGGGGAAGGAGGCGAGGGAGCACGCCUUUUUAGUUUUGUCUCUCAAAAAGCUGUAUCUUCCCCCGUUAGCCGUGCCGGGGAGCCCGAGGAGGGGGGCUGUGUCACUGUCUGUAGGAUGUCCCGACAUGAGGGUGUGAGCUGCGAUGCAUGUUUAAAAGGGAACUUCAGAGGGAGACGGUUCAAGUGCUUAAUUUGCUACGACUACGACCUGUGUGCAUCGUGCUACGAGAGUGGAGCCACAACAACGAGACACACCACAGAGCACCCCAUGCAGUGUAUAUUAACCAGGGUAGACUACGACUUGUAUUAUGGAGGAGACACUUUCUCAGUAGAACAACCCCAGUCAUUCACCUGUCCCUACUGUGGCAAGAUGGGGUACACAGAGACCUCCCUGCAGGAGCACGUCACCUCAGAGCAUGCAGAGACUUCUACAGAGGUGAUCUGUCCAAUAUGUGCUGCCUUGCCAGGAGGGGACCCCAACCAUGUCACAGAUGACUUUACAGCUCAUCUCACACUUGAACACAGAGCACCUAGAGAUUUAGACGAGUCCAGCAGCGUUCGGCAUGUACGCAGGAUGUUCCACCCUGGACGAGGACUGGGCGGUCCCAGAGCACGUCGGACAAAUAUGCACUUUACUAGCGGCUCCACGGGAGGACUCUCCUCAUCCUCGCAGAGCUCCACGUACACCCCUAGUAACAGAGAAGCUAUGGACCCCAUUGCAGAGUUGUUGUCUCAGCUGUCAGGUGUACGACGUGCUGCAGGAGGGCAAAUAAACUCAUCAGGGCCUUCAGCAUCCCAGUUACAACAGCUGCAGAUGCAGCUGCAGUUGGAGCGCCAGCAGGCGCAGGCGGCACGGCAGCAGCUGGAGACAGGCCGCCAUGCAACACGACGUAGCAACAACCCAGGCAACAUUGGCACCACCAUCCCCCCGCCCAGCGCAGCAACUGCCAACACGGCCACUGUGGUUGAAAGCAAUCCCUCCUCCUCGCCCCACAGCUCCCAGUUCUUACUAGCACGGUUGAAUGAACCCAAGAUGUCAGAGGCAGAGCGGCAGUUGCUGGAAGGAGAGCGUGCCGACCGCAGCCUGUUUGUCCAGGAGCUACUGUUGUCCACGCUGAUGCACGAAGAGAGCUCCUCUUCGGACGAGGACGAGCGCCGGGACUUCGCUGACUUUGGAGCCAUGGGCUGCGUGGAUAUCAUGCCUUUAGACGUGGCGUUGGAGAACCUUCAGCUUAGAGAGAGUAGCUCUACAGGGAAGGAGCCUCCGCCACCUCCUCUUUGAUGUCCGAGCAUCAAGCAGACUGUGUCCCCUCUGCUGCAACUGCCAGUGAUGGGCAGCCCCCCCUCCUUUUUCUUCUUUCUCAGUUUGUUUUCUGGUGAUUGUAAUUUCAGGCCUGUCACCAUUUUUGUUAUAUUGUGAACAAAAAUAAAGAGCAAGUGGGGUUAAAGUGCAAGUGAGUGCGCAAUAGUAACUGAGCGAGAGAAGAGAAAUAUUAUAUAUAAAUAUAUAUGAAGUUGAUAAUCAAUUCCACAUAACUUUUUCUUUGCUUUCAGGUAAAUGUUACAGGUAGCUGUGGCAGACCUUUGCUUCCUGUGACAUGCAAACGGCUCUCCUUUAUAAAUACUCCACAUUCAAAACUGAAGAGGGCUUAGGCUCCUCUGAUGAAGCUGCUGUGUGUAUUUAUGACUAUUAAUAAAUAAAAAGUGCUUGGAUGGUUUACCAUAACUACUGCAUGCAGUUAUUUGCAGCGUGCAUGACUUUUAAUGACUUUGUCAUUAAAAUGGAAAAAAAAAAAAUAUCCCAAAGCUUUCAACUGUUUUAAAGGGUUAUUUCAAACA